CGUGAGAAAUAAUCAUUCAUGAUGACACUACAGACGACAAGAUCACCGCUUUAUCACUCAUUGAAACGUGUCUUCCAUGCGCCGUGUCAAGGCUUCGAACUGACAAAACGACCUUUUUUACUUUAUAUCCUUUGACAAGUCAUCCCACCUAUACUUCACCUCCACGUAUUACUUUCACUGUAAGGCUAAACCUUACCUUACCACACACGUUUCGCAACGUACUAACAAGUCCAAAUCGAUCUUCUGAAAGCUGCGAGGCAGCUUGAUGUGCUGAGCUGUAACGCUUUUCACUCCAGCCACGUGUUCGACUCACAAAAACGUAUGCAUGGGUACUCGGACCUAAAUUAACCUGAUUUAUAGACUUGUCGAAAUCCAAACCACUACGAAGCCUCUUCACCUGGGGAAACGUUAAUCGCAAUCGACGGAGGAGAUUGGAGAGAACCCCAAUAUCUGACACCACGUGUCAGUAUUCGUGUUAGGUCGAUAGGCACAGAGCUGUUAUUAGGGAAUUAUUAUACAACAUGUGUCGUUUUCUUUGCUCUUCAUGCAAAUAUGCCACGUGGAGAACCACGACUCUGCAGGCGCUUCUUUGAUAAUCAUCAAAAGCGCAUUCCCGCUAAAUUUUAGUGAUUAAAAUAAAUAAAUAAAUUCAGCAGUUAACGAAGAUUAUUCCGUGUCAAUUACCGCCUUCUCCACUUCUCCUGUUUUGCCGCGUGAAGGUUUCUCUGGCUCUCUUGCUUCCUUUCCCUUCGUUUCCUCUUUUCGCCUCUCGUAAAAUCUUAGAAUCACGACACAGAGAGGAAACCCUGGAAAAUAAUUUGAGUGACGUUGUAGCUUUAUGCGUUUAUUUAGCAUAUGCAGUUCUUGAAGCUUUCGAGUCGUUCAAUAGACGACUGAUGUGCAAUGAUAGUGCUGAAGAAAGAAGAAGAGAUGGAGCUGGAGUUAGGAUUGUCAAUUGGUGGAGGUUUUAAAAGGUCAGAGAAAGUGAACCACAUCAAAAGGGAAUCGGUUCAGAUUAAAAACAUGAAUGAUCAAAGAACUAGUUGUUUUAAUACAGCCCUGAGAGAUAAUCAUCCGAAAAUUUCGACUGAUCUACAGCUUGAAAGAAUGGGUGUUGCUCCCCAGGUAAAACGCGAGAAGAAACGACCAAAGAAACAGCAUCAUGAAGGAAAAACGAAGAGUGAAGAGUGCCUCAACGGCGGCUUUGGAGUUACACACGAUAACAAGAUGUGGUUAAAAUCACCAAAACUUGAGACUAGAGAAUUGGAGUUUGAUGUAAACGAAAGAGACUGCAAGAAAAGUAGAGUAGAAGAUAACGAAUCCCGAAACAAUAAUGUCGAUAUGACAAUGAAACAGGUGAAUCUGAAUUUUACCGUAGAGCAGAACAUCAAUAACAUGAAUCAAAAUGUCAGCUCAAGUUCUAAUCCAACGGCAUUCUCCUCGCCUACGGUUUGUCCAGUUUUGUACCCCUACCUACCGAUACAGUUCGUUCAAUUGCCGAACGGGCUACCAUAUCCUUGCGUGAAUGUGGUGCCAAUUUGGGGAAAUGGCGUUAGUAAGGGGAGUGAGCAGAAUUCGAAUGUGGUGCAGUCUUUGGUGAAUCAGAGUUUUAGGCCGUUUCAAUCGGGUAAUAGUCAUUCACUGGCUUUCAAUGUGGGUGAUGGGUGUGUUUCGGACCAGAAUGGCAGGAAAGCAGGGUCCCGUGGCUCGCCCAUGGGCAGUCCCUCUAUAGUUUCGGAUUACCAGAGCUCUUCCAAUGAAGCAGGUGGUAGUAGUGAAACCAGAAGUCAUUCAAAUAACUCGCUGCCAGAUCAGCGUUAUCCAUUGCAUGGCUCAAAAGUUAGUGAUAAAAAGGGCCAGUCUGAACACAUUGCAUCAUCGCCUUCGAGGGAAGCUGCUAAAGUUAAUGAUGAAACAACAAACUCUACUAAGCUAAAAAAUACAUCUAAUGAUUCUCAAUGCAGCCGAACUGCGAACUGUGCGCCAAAUUGUAUCGAGAAAAAGAUUGCAUCUAAUAAUGUCCAGUUGAGCCCAACUGAUAAAACCAUGGGAGGUGUGUCUACUACUGAAAAUCAAUCCCCUGGUGUAUUGAAGGAAUCCAAGAGGGACAUAAGCAAGCCUCCAAAGCCUCAAAUCCAGAAUCAAACUACCAUUUCCCUUCCCCAAAUGCCAUGUGUUUCGACGACUGGGAAUGGUCCCGAUGGGAAAACAAUUAAUGGGUUUCUGUACAGAUAUUCAAAAUUAGAGGUUAGCAUCAUUUGUGUCUGCCAUGGAACUUCCUUCUCUCCUGCUGAGUUUGUGCAGCAUGCAGGUGGCAGAGAUGUAUCAAAUCCUCUGAAGCAUAUUACCGUGAUUCCAUCCGCCUUUUGAAUGUACCUAACAAAGCCAAUUUUCUUUGUAAUUUUUUGGUUUUUUAAUCAGCUUCACAUGAAGUUGCAGAGAAGGUUGACAGUGUUGUUGCAUGGGAUAGCUAGGUAGAUGGUAUAUAUUUACGACUUAACGGAGCUCCUCCUCGCAAAGAGGUGGAGGAGGCUAUGUACAUUUAAAAUUUCUUCGUAUUUGGUUCUCAGAUUCGUAGGCCAGAGACUACUCCUUUUCCGCUACCUUAACUACAAAAAUCUUUUUUAUAAUAAUUGGUCUUUCUAACUUUUGAUUUA